AGUAGUUCAGAAAGGAAAAGCAUUUAUUAAUGUUGUGAGGUGAAAUAAAAUGUUGUUCUCUGUUUCUUCGUGACCUACCAGAUAAGAAAUGUAAUAAGAGAAACAUGAGCGGAAAAUCCCCAUUGUUGACACAACACAUGAUAGGUUGUAACCUGAAUGGGUGCUACAGAACUAAGGUGAGGACAAUCUAGACUGAUGGCCAUGGAUAAAAACGAAGCAGAGGGAAGGAGAAAUUUUUUGCGAUUUUUGCACGACCCUGGCGACUUGCGACUGUCUUCGUUAAAGUAUCCUGAACAUCGCAAAAGAGGAAGCGAGAGUGGCAGAAGAAAAUACUCGGCAGAAAUGCGACAAAAGGCGACGAUCAGAGAGAAGAACAGAAUUCGUGCGAUUGGAAAAGAGUUUAAUAAGCUAGCAGAAUUAUUACCACAAGCAAAUGGUGGAAAAAGAAGUCAUCAAAAAAUCUUGCAAGACACUGUUGCGUACAUUAGAGCACUGGAAGUUGAAUUGAACCUAACAGACGAAAAAAGUUUGUUUGAAAGCUGGUCUGUCGAUUCAGAGAACACUAGUGGUGUAUCGGGUAACUACGAAGGAGAACCAGAAAGAAGAAAAGGCCUUCACAAUCGCGAACUUAACGAUUCAAAGUAUAACCUUGAGCUGCUUAGAGUGAGUGGCGUUUAUGGAGCGACAAACUUCAGCGGCCUUUUACAGCGUGAAUUGGCGUUUGAAAAUCAGAUUUUUACGUGCUGCGGCGAGACGGAGAACUGUUGUGCCUGCCAUAAUCAGAGGAAAACAACAGAAACGAGAUCUUCUCCAAACAAUACAGCAACAUUUUAUAAUGGACUAAAGAUGGAAGAAAGGUCGCCAGAGUUCAGCUCAGAAGACCAAAGUUCUGUUUAUUCGGAGACAGAGCUUGAAUACGACUGUUUACAAAAAGAAGGACAAGACUACGAAGAUGGAGAACCUGAAACAAAAGUUUUUGACAGGAAACACUCUUUGAGUUUUGACAAUGUUGUCACCGGACUUCAGUUUAAAUUGUAAAUAAACAUUCGAAGUCGUAAAUAGUUCACUUGAAAAUCCAAAUACAUUUGUAUCUGUGGGUUUAGAGCAAAAACAUGGACACGGAAAUUGUGCACGAAAUCGCAGAAAGAGCCAGAUAUUUGUGGCUUUAGCAAAGGAAGGAGAAGAAUUUGUUUGCAACAGGAAUCCAACAAAAAUUUCAACUCAGGAACCAAAUAAUAAAAUUUGUUGAUAAAUAAAAGAAUGAAUGAAACAUUCUGAAUAAGCGAAGAAGAAUAUUUUGUGAAUGAGAUAGGAACCAACAACUUUUUUGUACAGUACUAAUUUUAUCACGUGUACGGCUAACAAACAUUUUUGCAGUAAUAUAGAAGGCAGUGACUGUGAGACGAGAUCACCAAUAAAUUGGUUUUGCCAGAGCUUUAGGUCUUGAUAAAGAGUAUGAUUAUCUUGGGAAUACCAAAAAGUUUCACCGUGCACCGAAAUUUCACAUUACAGUGCCUGAUUAGUCAAAGAUGCCAAGCUGCUUAUUUUUAACAACCCCAGAACUUAAUAGACCGUAUGCAUAAUGACGUCAUUUGACAAUAACGCGCAAUGCAUUGUGGUAGUUGUAGUAACAGACGCCUCGCCUUUCUUUGAUAUUCACCAGUCAAUCUUCAUACUCGCUUUUGAAAUGGAAAAAUUUUAAGAAAAAUGAGCAAAUUUUCCAAGAAGACGGUAGCCCUAGCUUUUUCAAUAUUCUUGCACGCCAUUAUAUACCGCGAGAAAUCCGUGACUCUGUGCUGUAAAGCAAGGCGAUGGGCCUAUCAUUGUCCACGAACAAGAAAACAUGGCUGGACGAAAGAUUUGAAAGCAUCUUCGAAGUUUUUAUAUGUCACAUAUUGAUGACCAGCUUGUUGAAAGCAAAAGCAUUUUGCCUGAUGGCACCAAAGGCCUUUCGUAACAAAAAACACUAACUUUCGCCAUCUGGAAAUGAAUAAAACAAAAGAUUUCUGUCUCUCUUGCUAUUGGUAAAAUGUUGUAAGCAAAAACAAAAUCCGCCGCAUAAACGUGUUCCCCUCGAAUAAGUUUUAGUAGGCCCAGUAGCUUCGUCAUUACAGUCGACUCUGCUUAAAGUCACACACACACACCACUUGCUUAAAGUCAGAUAACAUUUAGACCCAAAUAUGCAAAGCUAUUCAAUUUAGCUCCGUUUACAACCAGACUUGGGAGACAACUGUACCAACUUCCCAGUAUUUACUUUCUUCAAUGGCUGCUGUUGGUUUGGAACUACUGAUGCCCCGUCAAAAAUAUUGAGGGUUAUCGUCUUCAUGGAAUUUCAUUUUCUUUGCUAUUUUCCAUUUUUGAAAAGCGAAUAUGAAGUUUGAUUGGCGAAUAUCAAGGAAAACGUAAACAAAUUGAAGCGCCUGCUAAUACAACUACCACAAUGCAUUGCAAAUUAUCGUCAAAUGACGUCAUUAUGCAUACGAUCUAAAAUUAAGAAGGGAAAUCGCUAUCAGCUGCCUAAAGCUUUUUGUUGUUUAUCGUAAAAAACAAGACCCUGUUCAGUAAAAGUCAUACCACGUGAUGUAGUUGAUUCCUUCCUCCGCAUGUAAAGUGGAAGCAACACAGUGACAAACCAAGUCAUACAGAACAUCAUUUUGGCCUGGGAAAAGAAAUAAAGAAAGAGUGGAGGCAUGAUCCUUGGACGUUGGAGAAAGAUGGGUGGGAGUAAGCUGCAAACUGGCAAGGGACCAGAAACGGUCAAAAUUUGUUAAAUCAUGCAUACGGAAGUUAAAAUGGGAUCUGGGCUCUACAGGAUAGCAACACUAUAUGUUUCUGCCGACGCUUGUCCCGCGUUAUAAGUAAUUCUCAAUUCAAUUCACUGAUGCCCAAACAGAUCACUGCUACCCAAACGACUAGUGACAAAUAAAAGGUACACACCAAGAC